CUGGGGGACGGAGCCCAGGGCCGCGGGCGGGGGCCCCUCCCGCCCUAGCGGGCGCGGCUCAGGGCGCCUCCGCCUCACGGCGCCCCCCGCCGGGGCCUCCGCCCGCGCCGGGCGGGAUGCGGGCCGCUCGCAAGCGGCUCUGCUCCGCCUUGGUCGUCGCUUACGGCCUCUUCUCUCUCUACGCGGCCUACACCGUCUUCCUGCGGCCCCGCCGCCCGGCCGCCCCCCGCCCGCCUCACCGGGACCGCCGCCCCCUGCGAGAUCGUGUCGCCUUGGGAAAUGAAGAGUGGAAUCCGUGGGAAGGGGACGAGAGAAAUGAGCUGGUUGCUUCUCAGCAGAGAUACGAAGCUAAUCUUAAGGCGAUAAAAAAUGCAAGAUCUCACCUAGAACAAACCAGUCUUAGAGUACAGAUUUGGGGUAAAGCAGCAAUUGGUCUUUACCUUUGGCAACAUAUUUUUGGAGCGUACCUUCAGCCAGCUGAUGUGACUGCACAGUGGAGAGAAGGAAGCCAAAAAGCAGGGAAAACAUAUUUCAGCUUCAUCACUGGUCCAUCUGUAGUACCUGGCUACUUCUCAGUCGAAGCUGAAAACGUCGUGCUAGUUCUGAAUGGAAGAGAAAAGGCAAAGAUCACUUACGCCACUCAGUGGCUGCAUUACGCACAAACGUUAGUUCAGACUCACAAAAUACAGCGUGUAGCGGUUGUGCUGCUUGGAAGUGAGCAGUGCAACAACGAAUGGAUUCAACCAUACCUGAAAAGACAUGGAGGAUUUGUAAAUCUACUCUUUGUUACAUAUGACUAUGCGUUGGUAAAUGAAGAAGACGUUUUCCAGUGGCCUUUAGGAGUCGCUACCUACAGAAAUUUUCCGGUUGUAGAACCCAGCUGGUCAAUGCUACAUGAUCCAAGAUCUUAUCUAUGUAAUUUCUUAGGAACAGUUUAUAAGAACUCUUCUAGGGAAACACUAAUGGAGAUUCUGAAGCAGGAUGGGCUAGAUAAACUUUGCUGGAUUGCAGCCAGAGACCAGUGGCAGCCUCAAGAGACAAAUGAAAGUUUCAAAAACUAUCAAGAUGCCUUGCUGCAGAGUGAUUUGACAUUGUGCCCAGUGGGAAUAAAUACAGAAUGCUACAGAAUUUAUGAAGCUUGUUCAUAUGGAUCUCUGCCUGUUAUAGAAGAUGUGAUGACACCAGGUGAUUGCGGAAAUUCAUCAAUGUACCACAGUGCUCCAUUACAAUUAUUAAAAACCAUGGGGGCUCCAUUUAUCUUUAUUAAAAACUGGAAAGAGCUUCCUGCUGUUCUAGACAAAGAAAAAAAAAUGAGCUUACAAGAAAAGAUUCAAAGGAGAAAAAAGCUUUUAGAAUGGUAUCGAAACUUCAAAGCAUGGAUGAGACAGAAAUUCAUUAAUACUUUGGAACAUUCAUUUUUGCCCAGUGAUAAAGGAUGAAUUGUCCCUUUGGAAAAUCUAGACUAGAUUGAAAGCUUAAUUUCCGUUAACCUUCCGAGGAAGCUUUUAUACAAAAGAAGUCUCACAGGGCAGAUGCAUUCCUUUUGAAGUCAGUAGAAUUGCACUAGCUUGGCCAAGAGCUACAAUUUGGCCUUCCAUCCUUAACAAUUUUCAGAGAGGUUGUUGACUUAGCAGGACGGUAGUCUGUAAGGAUGACAACAAUUUUAUUACUAUUUUUACAAUUUCCAGUUGGUGUGUGACCUGUUAAAUUUUUUCUUAGGAUGAUAUCUUUGAGCAUGUGGACUUGUUAAAAUCCAACAUGAGUACACAGUUGUGUUUGAAGAAAAGAGAAGAAUGAAAACCAUAUGGUACAGAGUAAUUUAUUAUGUAGACUAAAGAAGAAAAUAUGAUAAUAGCAAAAUUGCCAGGUUUAGCACAAUCAUUAAGAUAUACCCUGGUAAAUGCUUGUUUUGAAAAUGUGAACUGUUUACUUGAUUGACAUUUCACUUCAAAGAAAGUGGCUAUAAAGCACUGUGGAAUAAAAAUGUAUUUUUCAAGGUAAAAA